UCCACCAGCGUUACACCGUCAAAACUCACAUGAAUUCCUUCACUGUUGAGAGUAAAACAAGAACCAUUGCAGCUUAAAAUACGGUAACGGGGGUGACUAAAAAUGAGAGAAAUGUUUUUAAAAGUGGGUUUUCUCAGCUGGAGCGUGUGAGACACUUGCAUGGGCAGCAGCAGCUUUUGUUGCAGCUGCUGCAGGGGAGGAGGCGGCGCGGAGUCUGCAGCAGAAACAUGGCGGACUCCGAGGAAUUUAGACUUAAGCGUUUGCAGCACGAGGAGCACAUGUCCAGAGUGUUUGAUGAAGUGAUGGGCCUGGGAGACUUCGCGGACUCCUCCAGGGGCUCGGCCACCUCCUCCAAGAGCGGGGGUCCGUGUGAGGCAAAGAUGGAAGAGGAGACCUUGGGACAAGGAGAAACCCAGCCGAUGGAAGAAGACAGCAACUGCAGCAAACCAGAAGAAAAGGUGGACGAGGGGGAGGGAGAGUCGAGUUUUCCCCGCCCUACCUCUUCAUCUUCUGACCAACAGUCCUCCUUCAACAUGGGAACCAGCAAAGGGGUCGGUGGAGGAUGCGGGGAGGCAGCGUUUGAUGAUGCGCUGGAUGGCCUGCCUUCGUUUGGGGCGGAGGAAGAUGAUGAGGACUGGCACUUUGCUCUGCCGGUGGGCACUCUGGAGGAUGUCGACGUGGAGAAAGCCAAAGCGAAACGACUUGGACAAGAAAACAGCUCGUCUCAAGGUGAUCCCUUUCCUCCUAAAUCUGGAGGGGGGAAGGAGGACGAGGAGGAGGAGGAAGAGCAAGAGGGAGAAGAAAGCCAUGGGUCAGCCAACACCUCCCACUCUUCUCAAGACAACACACCAGAAAACAGCAGAGAUGAGAAUAAAGGAACUGAUUCAGCAGCUCCAGUACAAACUGCAUCAGAUGGUGGUGUCCAGAACCAGGCAGAGGAGACAGAAGACAGCGAACAGGGAGAAACGUCAAUCACAGCUCCAGUGGAGGACAGUAAUCCCCCGACGCCUCCUAUUGUCAAUAUUAAAGACGAGCCCAUUGAUGAAGGCUACGAUGCCGCUUUGCUUCCUCAAAGCUCCAUCAAGCAGAUUAAAGAAGAGCUGGACCAACAGGAGGAAGAGCUUAAGAUCAGCUCUGUCUACUCUGUAGGAGGAGCCACCACUCUUGCAUCACCUUCAACCCCAGCAGCUGUCCCAAUUCCAGCUCCAGCUCCAACUCAAACGGCCAUUUUUAUCCCUGGCAGAGGAGCCGUGCUGCAGGCCAUUUCUUCCCUUCCGAUGAGACCCCCAGUGCCAAUCACCACUUCACUUCCCACCCUGGCACCAAUGCCGCCGCGGCCACCACAGCCCCCAGUCCCUGGUAGUGUCCGCUGCAGCGGCUGCUCUAAGGUUUUGCUAAAAGGCCAAACAGCGUUCCAGAGAAAAGGAUCAACGCAGCUCUUCUGCUCCACAGUCUGCCUGACGGGUCACCUUCCUCCAGCCACCAAGGGUCGAGCCUGUUCCCAGUGCAGCAGGGAGAUCCUUCAGCCCAGAGACAUGAUCACAAUCCCUGCAGAAGACAAUGUCCUGUUGAACUUUUGUGGCCAGUUCUGUUUAUCAGUUUUUAGACAUAAGAGGAAAUUACCUGACAAGGUUCCUGAAAAAUGGGCAGAUAAACGACUGGAAAAGAAGCCUGAAAAGCCGUCUGAGAAGCCGGUGGAGCGUCUGCCCGACAGACCCUUUUGUAGUGUCUGCAAAGUCAGCAACAGGCAGAUUGAGCAUGAAGUCACCCAUCAAGGCCGGUUGCACAGACUCUGUAGUGAUGCAUGUUUUGUAACCUGGCGCAAGUUGCGUCAGUUAGCCAUGAACUGCUGCGAAGGCUGCGGACUUUACUGUAACAGCAACUCAGGGUCCUGUCAGACGCUCACAAUAGACAGAUCUCAGCUAAACUUCUGCAGUGCCACCUGUGUUGGCACCUACAAACAGACCUGCAGAAAGAUGACAGAGUGUGCCAACUGUCACAAGGUAGCAAUAGUAUCCGCCACCGUCAUGGAGCGCGAUCUGAAGGGCAAAGUUCAGCUUUACUGUUCUCCUGCUUGUGUGGAGCUCAGUCGACCACCACAACACACUCUCACUGGAACUCCAUUUCCGUGUAGCCUGUGCAAGGUUUCAGCAGUUCCUCAGUAUCAUCUGGCCAUGGUGGACGGCACCAUACGGAACUUCUGCUCCUAUACCUGUGUAUCUACAUACCGGAAGUCUGGUCAUAUGUCUCAACCAGACCUGACCAAUGGAACUUCUGCUCUCAGGGAUCCCUCUGUCAGAGAUGCUCCAAAACUGGGGCCCUCUGCCGGCGGCAGCUCAGUCCCUCCCACUUCUCAAGAUUCCCCCUCCUCGGUGUCAUACCCAGGCCAUUAUCCCAGUCAUACCUCAGUACCUCCAUUAGUGCCUCACUACCUGGCCAUGUCCUCCCCGGGUGUCUCAGGACAAGCCCAGGCCCGGUCGUCUCCAGAUCAGCCUCUUAAACCAGUAGAGGGCGGAGCCAAUAAUUUCACUAAACUAACCUGCCAUCAGUGCAGUAAACAGUUCAACACCAAGCCGCUGCUCUUCAGUCACCAAGGUCGCAUUUCCAUGUUCUGCAGUAAGAUCUGUUCUGAACAAUAUAAAACCCAGAAAAAUAUUCUGGGGUUGUGUGAUUGCUGCAAACAGGAAAAGGUGCUUCAUGAAACCAUGAGCUACAACCAUCAGGACCUGUUCCUCUGCAGUGAAAACUGCAGGCUGCUUUUCAAACAUAAUGUGACUUCACGAAACAAGGACCACAGCUGGAAUCCCUGCACCUACUGCUCUGGCAUCACCCAGAAGAUGUUGCACAGCCACUAUGGAGGGAAGCUGGAGGAGUUCUGCAGACCCCACUGCAUGUCCCAGUACACGGUGCUCUAUUACGGGAUGGGCCGAUGCGAUAGCUGCAGGAAUCAGGGCUACAUGACGGAGAAGCUGCAGUGUUUAGGUUCAGUCCGUAACUUCUGCAACAAGUCCUGCCUGCUGCUGUACUGCUACGUUCAUUUUGAGACAAGCCAGCACAUGAGCAGCAACGGCACUGGAGCUGCUCCACAAACACCAUGCGCCCCAGCACAGCCCCACCACUCCUCAAAGAUGAAUCCUGUCAUAGCUGACGUCGUCUCAUUGGCCAACGGUUCAGCCGCUCAGCCCAGUGUCUCAGGGGAUACGACUCUGACCGGAGCUCUUCCCACCUCCAACGUAGACGGCAAGAACCUUGAUCAUGCCAGUACCCAGACCGAUGCCAUGCGUGUGCCUGCGUCCCGUCGCCGCCAGAUGAAGAACAAGUCGGUUCUUUGCCGGCCCUUCACAGUGGACCAAGAAAGCAUGUGUGAGCUGCCCGGACCCUCCACUGAGUCAGAAGCCAAGGGGGAAAAGGUGAAAAUGUUAAUGGUUCCAGUCCCAGUCCCAGUACCGGUCUUCAUUCCAGUGCCUAUGAAUAUGUACUCCCAGCACACACCGGUUCCCAUGGUGAUGACCAUGCCUCUUCCAGUCCCUCUUGUGGUUCCACCGCAGACCAAGGACAUGAAAGAUGCAGCUGUCCAGGCAGAGAUGUUUGUCGCAGAUAAAGAAACGCAGGAAAAUCAAUCAGUUUCUAGUACAGAGCAGAGCAGUUCUUCAUUUAACAAAGGCAUGAAGUCUGAUGAGGUCCCACCCACAACCCAUGAAGAAGAGAAGACCCCCAGUCCAGCACAAGAUGACCUGCUCUUUGAUAAAUGUUCAGUUAAGAGCAAAGAGCCAGACGACACUGAGCUCGGCAACAAGCCAGAGAUGAGCGAUUCUGCUGCCACCAGUGCCAAAGACCAGCCUCCCUCCUCACCUCUGAUGGACUUGGAAACUGACUUCCCCCCAGAAUCACUGGAUCAGAAGUCAGUUGUUCCAAAGCGAGGAGUGAAGAGAACCAGAGAAGGUUCUUCUGGCCGUAAACGGGGCCGCAGGCGAACUGUCUCAAUAGAACGGAGAUCAUUAAAGCCCCCGGUCACCUCUAAACUGAACCAUCUGUACGGGGUCAACGCCUGGAAGAGCUGGGUUCAACAGUGCAACAAGCAGCCGCAAGAGUCCAGUGGAAUAGACUUGAAAGAAGACAUCGUUGAGUGCAACUCUGCUGAGCUGAGCUUUGGCCUGUCUCGCUUCAUCAAGGAAGUACGACGGCCAAACGGGGAGAGUUACAGCCCGGACAGCAUCUUCUACCUCUGUCUGGGGAUACAGCAGCAUCUGUUUAUGCAGGGCCGGAUAGAGAACAUCUUCACUGAUGAGCUGUACUGCCAGUUUGCCGGCGAGAUCAGUUGGAUGCUUCAGCUCUGGAAACCUAAGCUGCUACAAAGUGGUUGCAUCCUCCCCUCCCGAGUGGAGGAGUCGUACCUGUGGGAGUGUAAACAGCUCGGUGCAUACUCGCCUAUCGUUCUGCUGAACACGCUGCUUUUCUUCUGUACCAAAAACUUCCACCUAACCACCCUGGCGCACCAGCGACGCUUGUCCUUCUCCAACUUCACCCGCCGCUCCAAACCCUGCAGCAAAACCGGCAAAGUCUUCUACCUCCAUUACCAGAGAAGCAGCGCAGCCACGUCUGGCUGGGAACAGACAGAGCGACGCCGGAAACGGCAGCCGGAGAACGAGGGAGACCUAGAGAUGGUUGAAAACCAGACCAACCCCCUGCACUGUCCUGUCCGCCUCUACGAGUUCUACCUCUCGAGAUGCCCAGAAUCUGUGAAGAAUCGUCCAGAUGUGUUUUACCUCCAACCUGAAACAGAUGUCCACACGCACAGCUCCCACUGGUACACGUCUCAGCCGCUCGCCGCCAGCACCCUGCAGAGCAUGCUCACACGUAUCCUGGCUGUCCGGGAGGUCCAGCAGGAGCAGGAAGCAGCGCAGCGUCAGGGCUCAGCGACCCCUAAGGCCGAGGGGGAAUGAUUCUCAUCGUAUUUCUCUCUGCAACAGAAACGUCACCUAAAGCCUCUUCAUGGGGAGACUGACGCAGACAGAUGGUUUGUUUGUUUUUUUGUCUUUUUUAAUCAGGGUGGAAGAACAAAGACACUGAAAGCGCAGAGCAAAGAACUCGCUUGUGUUUAGUUUCUCCAGUGGUCAUGUCCUCAUCACAGAAAUGCACAAUGAGUUUACAAACCCCUGGUAUUAUAGGGGGGAAGGAGGGAAUGUCAGAGUUCGUUACCCCAACUAUCAUACGCCACCACUCCCUUGUUUUUUUAAUUUGACCUGUCAAAGUGUCGUCACCCAUCGAACCUUCAGCACCUGGACUGGGGAGCAUUGACUCGUGUGAGUUCUGAAAGCUGAUGCUGGUAUUUGAGGAUGGAACCCGCCUGCAGCACAUAUAUUUUAUUGUGAUUUUUGUUUUGUUUUGUUUUUUAAUUUUCUUGUGAUUUAUAAAAUGCUGGUUCAAAAAAAAAAAAAACUUUCUACAAAGGACGGAGAUACAACUCAGUGCCUCUCAUUGUUAGUUUUAUUUGUAAAUACUAUCAUUUAUUCUGUUGUUUCCCGGGCAGCAUGGAGGUUGUGGUUAGCACUGUCGUCUCUCAGCAUGAGGGUUUCUGGUUCCAGUCCCAGCAGGGGUUUCUGUGUGGAGUUUCCAUAUUCUUCCCCCCAUGCGUACGUGAUGUGUCCUCCCCCAGUCCAGAAACACGUGCGUCAGGUUAAUUCACCUGAAGAGAGCCGGGACAGGCUCCAGCAGAGGCAGAGAUGAUGGCUGUUGUUCCUUUUUAUAUUGUUUAUCCCGUGUGGCCUUAUUUGUUGCAAGAAACGUCUCUUUUGUAUUGUACAUAAUGCUGGGACAAGGGAGCCUAAGGUUCUACGGUUUUAUGUAUCAGGACAUAGAAAAAAAGAAUCCUCUGGUCUUUUCCAGGCUGAUUGAGCUUGCAUAGUUUAUGUAAAAACCUAAACCAGAUGAAAAGUCAGUGUUUAAAACGAUUAGUGCGUCCAUGCUGCUUCAAUCAGAAUGAACAUGGUAAGUCGGCCACCUAAUCAGAUAUACUCAGUACUCGAGUUGUAAAAAAAAAUCAGGGGGGAUGGUGGAUUUUAUCAUAUGGGGACAGAUAAUUUGUGCUGAUUAAAAAUAAUAUAAUAUAUUACAAAUAAUAGCACUGACCAAAACACCAGCAGAAAUACUGCAGGAAUGACAUAGCAGCAGUUAAAUGCAGCCUUCUGUAAGCUUUAAAUAUCCACUGGACUUACAUCAAAUACAUCAAAACACAACAAUAAAAAACAGUUUUCUGAACUUAUCAAUAUGACUCUGUCCUUCACAGGAUAAGUAAAAUGGAUCACUGCAAAAACUCAAAAUCUUAACAAGAAUAUUUGUCUUAUUUCUAGUUAAAAUGUCUCAUUUUAGUAAAAAAAUCUCAUUACACUUAAAACAAGACUCAUCA